AUUCUUUUCCGCAAGAAGGAGGAAUUCGGGAGCAUCAAUUCAUCUCCAUCAUCACCGCCUAGGCCACUUUUUGGUUUCUUCUUGCGGACUAGCAGCCUCUUUUCAUUGCUAUCGGGCUGAACGGGACUACACAGUAUAUGUUGUCAAUCAAUCUUGACCAGCCGAUUCUCGCAUUGUCCUAAACAAUCCUGUUCUUUCUUGCAUUCACAUUUCGACGAUGGCAGCUCCGUUGCCUGACGGCCAACCCGGCAAGUCUGCCAGUCCCCUUCAGCGUCUCGACCUUGACGGCCACGACCUCCCGCCGUCACCGGCGCCAUCUAGUCCUCGAAACGGGCGACGCCGCUAUGCUCUUGCAACUGAGCUAGUAUAUACCGAAGGCAAAGACCAAUAUGGCGCCUCCAGCACUCCAAUUUACCAGUCUGCAACCUUCAAGCAGACCUCGGCCAGCGGCGGCCAGCAGGAAUACGACUACACAAGAUCCGGCAAUCCUACACGCACUCACCUCGAGCGUCAUCUCGCCAAAAUCAUGAAUGCCAACCGUGCCCUGGCUGUCAGCUCUGGAAUGGGUGCUCUUGAUGUCAUUUCGCGACUUCUGCGUCCUGGUGACGAAGUUAUUACUGGUGACGAUCUCUACGGUGGUACACAUCGAUUGCUCACAUACCUAGCGACCAAUCAGCAAAUCGUUGUACAUCAUGUCGAUACAACAGAUGUCAACGCUGUCAAGCAGCGCCUGUCAGAGAAGACAACCAUGGUACUCCUCGAGACCCCUACCAAUCCUUUGAUCAAAAUUGUAGACAUCCCGUCAAUCGCACGGCUGGCGCAUGAGGUCAACGAGAAAGCUCUUGUGGUGGUUGACAACACAAUGCUUUCCCCUAUGCUCUUUAACCCCCUAGAUGUGGGUGCAGAUAUUGUAUAUGAGUCGGGGACCAAAUACCUUUCUGGCCAUCACGACAUCAUGGCGGGCGUGAUAGCAUGCAACGAUGCGGCCAUUGGCGACAAACUAUACUUUACAAUCAACUCAACUGGCUGUGGAUUGUCACCUAACGACUCUUUCCUUCUUAUGAGAGGAGUAAAGACGUUGGCUAUCCGCAUGGAAAAGCAGCAAACCAAUGCACAGGCUAUCGCCGAGUUCCUAGAAUCGCAUGGUUUCCGAGUGCGAUACCCCGGUCUCAAAUCUCAUCCUCAAUAUGAUCUGCAUUGGGCUACCGCCAGAGGAGCUGGUGCAGUCUUAUCAUUUGAGACGGGUGAUGCAACGGUCUCACAGCGCAUCGUAGAGGCAACCCGUCUGUGGACCAUCAGUGUCAGUUUUGGAUGUGUAAACAGUCUCAUCAGCAUGCCCUGCCAGAUGAGCCAUGCCAGUAUCGACGCCAAAACUCGAAAGGAACGGCAAAUGCCCGAGGACCUCAUUCGCCUUUGCGUCGGUAUUGAGGAUGCCAAUGAUCUGAUAGAGGACCUGUCUCGCUCUCUUGUUCAAGCCGGUGCCGUAACAGUCACACUCGACGGCUUUCAUGCCAAUGAUUCGGCUCAAUCACUGUGAGGGCCUGGGACGACUAGGUAAAUUGGUGGAGUAAAAAUCACGAGUUAUCCAUUUGCUGUGCUUGAAGUUACGAGCCUGUGGGGUUGAUUCGAAAUAAUAGGGCCAGAUGCGGCUUCCUAGCAUGGGGAGAGCCUCUAGGCCAUAAGCAUGAAGCACACACGACCUGCUUCUCAGGGAAAUGAGAAAAUGAGCCAUUGAAUGGCAAGGGGUUUGGCAACAGCUUACUAAACUUGGUGAAUAUGGCU